GAUACGUAAGCAGCUACGCUAGUGGUAGUGUUACGCGCUGGAGCUGGAUGUGAAGAUGGCGGACGAAGAGGCCGAGCAGGACCGUAGUCCUGAGAACGGUAUCAGUGAAACGAUUGGGGAACUCAGACUACGACUGCAACAGCUGCAAGAAAUUGUGGUUAGAGAAUAUAGUGACUCUCCAGUCCAGUCCUCUUCUCAGUAUUGCCAAGAGUUUUGUAGGACACUGCUGGAGUUCGCAGGCCGUUGGAGGAUAGAGGAAGAGCCUUUGCCACUAGUAGAAGUGUAUAUAGUUGCCCUGCUGAGUUACUCCCAAGCCUCUCCAUACCUCUCCCUACAGUGUGAAAAUGUUCCUCUUGUGGUUGAGAGGCUCUCACUGAGUUUUGUGGAGCUUUUGCUCUCAUUGAAGGAGGACAUUCCAGAGGGAUUAUGGAAAGAAUUCAAGUCAUCUGUGCAGUUUGCUUACAGUAAGCUGCGCGAGAAUGGAAUCACUCAGCUGUCCCUGCUGUCUGCUUUGAGCCAGUAUGAUGGUGUUUGGACUAACGGGGUCCUGAAAGCUGUUUUGUCCAAUGACAACCCACAGACUGAACAAGUUGAGGAGUUCCUGGUGCAAGAGGGGCUGGUCCUGUCGGAGAUGAGAGUGAAACAGUUGAUGAAGGAGAAUCAGCUGGCGAAGGCUGCACUUCUGGCAAAGACAUGCUCUCAGUGUCCUGCCUUCCAAGGGAAGGGAUCUUUCAAGCAAAUGUACCUUGUCUGCCUUUGUGCUACCUCAGAACAGGAUCAGUUGAUGGAUGAGCUUUCAAAGGAGGACUGCCGUGAUGCGUUAGAGAUGAUCUGCAACCUUGAGUCAGAUGGAGACAACGGGGCAGCUUUCAGCUUAUGCUCGGCCUUCCUGACCCGGCAGCUACUCCAAGCGGACACAUAUUGUGCUUGGGAGCUCACUUUGUUUUGGAGCAAGCUGCUGAAACGUUUAGAACCAUCAGAGCAGGCCUUUCUUGACCAAUGCCGCCAGAUGUCCUCACUUUCCAAAACCGUGUACCACAUCCUGUUCCUCAUCAAGGUCAUCCAGUCAGAGAUUAACAGUCCUGGCCUGCCAGUCUGCAUUGAGAUGUGCAUGAGGGCUCUGCGGAUGGAAUCAGAUGAUGGUAGCUCCAAGGCCACUGUAUGUAAAACUAUUUCCUGUUUGCUUCCCAAUGACCUGGAAGUUAAGCGAGCUUGCCAGCUGACAGAGUUCCUCCUGGAGCCUACAGUGGAUUCAUACUAUGCUGUCGAGACUCUUUACAAUGAACCAGAUCAAAAAUUGGAGGAGGAGAGUAUGCCUGUACCCAACUCCCUACGCUGUGAACUCCUACUGGUUUUUAAAACCCAGUGGCCUUUUGACCCGGAGUUCUGGGACUGGAGAACACUUAAACGUCAUUGUCUAGCACUAAUGGGUGAGGAAGCUUCAAUAGUGUCAUCCAUUGACUUGCUGAAUGAUACUGACGGCCCUGAAGAAGAGGAAGACUUCCCCAAUCAGGACAGGCUUCACAAUAUCUCAGACCACUUGGUCAGUGGCACCUACGAACUGAAAGAUGUUACAGACAAGAGACAGAAAAACAGAGAAAUGAAGAAACUGAGGGAAAAAGGCUUCAUAUCUGCCAGAUUCAGAAACUGGCAGGCAUAUAUGCAGUACUGUGUGCUGUGUGAUAAAGAAUUUCUCGGCCAUAGGAUUGUACGCCAUGCACAGACUCAUCUAAGUGGAGGACUGUACAGCUGCCCAAUAUGUGCCCAAACCUUUACCUCGAAAGACACUUUGCUUCCCCAUGUAACAUCACAUGUUAAACAGUCAUGCAAGGAAAGGCUGACUGCAAUGAAAACAAACAAGAAACUGGCCAAUCCUAAAACAGCUGCCCCUGUUAUUGCAGCGUUAAAGGCGAAGACCGAAAAUGAACUUAAUGAAAAUCCAGAUUCCCAAGGACAAAACGGCGGGUUCAUUCAUAAUGUUGAGGCCAGAGUGGCUAAAUGUAACAUAGAUAGUAGUGAGGACAAUGUGUGCCCUGUUGGAAAAUGCAGAAGGAGCUUCAAAUUUUUCAAAAAUCUUGUUGCACAUGUUAAGGCUCAUGGAGACAGUGAGGAAGCUAAGACUUUCCUCGAAAUGCAGAGCAAAAAGGUUGUUUGCCAGUACUGCCGCCGCCACUUUGUUAGUGUCACCCAUCUUAAUGAUCAUUUGCAGGUCCACUGUGGUGUGAAGCCAUACAUCUGUAUACAACUCAACUGCAAGGCUAGUUUCCUGUCCAACGCUGAACUCCUUAUACACAGGAAAAUGCAUUCUGUUUUUAAGGCGAGAUGCAUGUUUCCAAACUGUGGAAAGAUUUUUAACGAGGCUUUCAAACUCUAUGAGCAUGAGGCGCAACAUUAUAAAACUUUCACUUGUAAAGUUGCAGACUGUGGAAAGGUAUUCCACUCACAACAACAGCUGGACUUGCAUCAGGAGAAGCAUGCCACCCAAGAAGAGGAAAGCCUGUCUUCUGAACUGAUGAUCUCACAAAGUAAGCAGCCCACCUCUUCACUUAUUGAACAAAUGCUUUCCAAUCACACUCCACAGAAACAAGAGGAUUCUCAUGAAAACUAUGACACUGAAAGUGUUGCUAAUCAAGAUCAUGAGAGGCCAUCAGUGUCUGUUGAGAGUUUAAUGAAAUCAUCCCAAGCACCUGUGGAUUCGUUAGGACAAUACAAAGUCAAGCUUGAACCACAAAGUACACCUUUCUCCACCAGCAGUCAGACGCCGAGUUUAAAUAAUUCUGUGAUUCAGCCUGUGACUUCACACUUGUCUGACACUAACGGACACAGAGAUGACUCGGGUGGCCAUUCUUUUGACUAUAUGAGACCACCCCACUCACAUGACUUUAAUACAGAUGCUUCACAUGGCCAGCCUCAAAUGUUCCUGAAUAACGUAAAUACUGGAUCAGUGAAUUACAAUUCUGACUGCAACUUACCAUUUCCAGGGCAGCAAGGGCCAAUGUGUAGUAACAACCCAUUAACGGCAUUACCAAUGCCAAACUCCAUAGACCCAGGAGUUUCACAACUACUUCCUCCAACAGUAGCCCCACAGCCCCUAACUGGGAACAGAGCAGAGAAUUCUUUGACAUCCUCAACUAGCACAGGUCCUCUUCUAGGACAGAAAGAGAGAUUUCACUGCGCAUUUGAAACGUGCAUAAGGCACUACAGCUCCUGCAGAAGUGUUACCAAGCACAUGAAAACAGUUCACCCAGAUUUCUAUGAGCAAUGGAAAGUUAAUCGAACUAAAAUAAAGAUAACCUACGCUCCAGCACCGAAGACAUCAUCUCACGGAGAGCUCAGUUCAGUCGCCUGCCCCCAGAAGGGGAACAGAGCACCAGUUCAUGGAGUGCAGAGGCAGAAUGUUAUCCAAUCACCUCCUUAUACUAACAUGGUUACAAGCACAAAGUAUAGUACCAUAAAUUCCCAUUCCUCGUCUGCUCUCAAUCAGAAUGCGUCACUUGUGAUGGAAAGUGUUUUAAAUCCCAUUGUCCUUUCUCAACUUGGAAGUGAUGCAAAUCCAGGUAGUCAAACUUGGCACUCAGCCACUGGAAGUGAAGAAAUUCAAAAUUGUGGCUCUUCCCAAGUCUAUUCAUCUAACAUGCAAGUGCAGCCACAAGUGAAUUCUGCUGGUGCAGCUCUGCCACCUAGUGGUCCCUCUUGCUCCAUGAUGGGAUCAACAAUGAACAAACCAUCAGAGUCUUUGCAGUCACUACUUAUGGAAAAUGGAUCCCAGUCAGUUUUGCCAUCAUACAGAGACGGUGCUAAGGAAGUGUCACAACCAGCAGAGGACCGUCUUCCACCAUAUACAUCACAAAUGCAAUGCAAUUUAGGCUCCACUUCCAGGGCCCCAGAAAAAAACAAAUCCAUGCAAAAUCAUAAGCAAUCCAGUUUUCCCUCUCGAGACAGUGUAAAUCAGAAAAAUAUUAACAACCAACCUCAAAAUGGACCAGUCAUCACUGAAAAUAGCUCUGAAUAUCAAAAACGAGUUAAAAGGAACAAGAGGACCAAAUGGCCUGCUAUUGUUAGAGAUGGGAAAUUUGUGUGUUGUAGGUGUUUUAGACAAUUUAAUAGUCCCAAAUCUCUUGGAGGCCAUUUGUCCAAGCGCGCAGUCUGUAAACCAUAUGAGGAGUCGGAACUGAACACAGAACUGCCAACGUCAUUCCUUGACCUUCUCAACUCAGAACAAACAGUUCCUACUGUUUACCAGGAGAGACCUCGUCAUGUAACAAAUGGUUCAACAGCUGUGAAAGAUUACCCCACCCCUAAUUAUCCACAAGACAAUGUGCUAGUAUAUGGUAGUGGUAAGGCAAAUGAUGACGUUCUUAAACAAAUCGUGGCUGAAUCCAACAUGUCUGAUCUUUUUGUGCACACACCUGCUUCACAGCCUUUGUUCCAAAACCCUUGUGUUUUCUUUGGAGCUGGUGAACAUUUGCCAGGGAACUCAGUGAUACAGCAUACAGAAAAUGUUCAACAGAAGCGAGAGGACAACUCGCAUAGUAUAGCCCCUUAUCCUCAGCAUAGCGUCGAUUCAUUUGGUGGAAGUGAAUUCCCGGACCCACUUCUUUCUCAGAUUCUCACAGAAAAUCCCACCACUGCUGUUCCUGGAAGUACAAACCACAAUGAAGCUUAUUGCUCUGAAGCAUAUACCUCUGACACAACAAUUCAGACACAAGAUACAGAUUCAAAUCCAGUGAUGCAAACACAGUUACUUGAUAAUCAGCUUAGUCCAGUAACAAGUGGCAAGCAGGUUGAGGCACAAAGGAAGACAAUAGAGCAAGAUAUUAAGAAGAGACUGCGGGAGCAGAUUUUGGCUGGUGACUUACAACGAAGAAACAGUUUGUGUCAUUCAGGCAGCACUGACCCCAGUGCCAAUUCAAAGAAUCCCAUGUCCUUUGGCUCAAUGUGCAUUCCUUUAAAUAAUUCUGAACUUCAUCAAGUGUCUCAUGAUGCAAAGAAUAACUCAACAAGUGAAGCUCAAGUCAUUCAAGGAAAUCCUGCAAUUAUCCCAGGAACCCCUGGUGAAAUUGAACAACUAUUGAACACACAGAGUUUUACUUGCUUCAGGGAGCCCUCUGCCCCACAGCAGGAAGUAGUGAGCCCCACAGGUGUCACGGCAAAUGAUGCAGAUCUUGAGCCCACGCAGUUGUCUGCCAGUCAGCAACAGUGGAUGACAGAAAUUCAAAGUGCAUUUGAAAGGCUCGACUUGGUCAGAGAAGUUUCUGAUCUGAAGUUGGUUUCCAUGAAAGCAAAUGGAAGUACUACAAACAGCCAGGCAACACCUGCCAAGGUUGAUUUACAUACCUCACCGCUGUCGAUCUUUGUCAAGCCAUUUGCUUGUGAGAAAGAAAACUGCACAUUUAGCUCCAUGUCAAGUGAAGCCCUUUGGAAACACCUCUCCAAAACACACAACUAUACACUUGAGAUGGUGAAUGUGGUCAAAAAAAGGUAUGGCCAGUAUGCUCCUUUCAAGUGUCAAAAAUGUAGUAAAACCUUUACUCGUAACUCAAAUCUUCGAGCUCACUACCAGUCAGCUCACAAAUUAUCAGCUAAGGAAAUUGCAGAUCUGGAUAUAAAGCGCAGACAGGCCAAAGCUGCUGUUGAAAACCAGCCUUCAGUGGCUCAAACCACAGGGACUACUCAUUCAUCAUUGCAGAGCAAAACAUGUCCGAAUUCACUUGAAGAUGCAGUAAAAGAUGAUAGCCCAUUUGUAUCACAUACUAACGUGGACAUUGGUAAGAAAUUUAAAGACGACAGUCAUUUUGCCCUCAUUCCUCCUUUGCCAACUGCCAUGCCUCAGGCUAAUUGGAUGCCAUCGUUCAACGAUCAAUCUAUCAACAGGCAGGCAGUAGUUAAGCCAAGUAUAGAGAUUACUAAGAAGACAAAAGAGAAGAAGCCCAACUCAGGUGAUGCUUUGAGUCCUUACAGACCUUAUCGCUGCGUUCAUCAAGGGUGUGAGGCAGCCUUCACCAUCCAGCACAAUCUGAUCCUCCACUACAGGGCUGUUCACCAGUCUGCUUUGUCAGCUUUGGAGGUCAACAAAGAUCAGGACCAGAGUGAUGGACUGGAUGAGGUAGUAAACCACGAUGAGGAGGAUCCAGAAGCAGAGGUCCCUCAAAUUUAUGAAUUCCGAUGCCAAGUCAAAGACUGCUCACGAGUUUUCCAAGAAGUUCCCAACCUUUUGCAGCAUUAUCUUCAGCUUCAUGAAUUCAGUCUUGAUAAGGUUGGGAUUCUCAUGUCUGGCAUCAAACUUGGCAAGUUUGCCUGUGGUUACCAAGGAUGCACAGCAUCCUUUACUGCUUUCUGGAAGUAUAUAGGGCACAUCAAAGAACAGCAUAAAGAUAUGAAGUUGGCCAAACCUGAACAAUUAAACGGCUUGUUCAAGUGUGAAAUUGAAGGUUGUGACCGUUCAUAUGCCACAAAGUCAAACAUGCUCAGACAUGUCAUGAAAAAGCAUCAAGACUUGUACCAGCCAAGACUAAAGAAUCAACGGAUAAAAGAAGAUGGGAUGAAACAGAGCUCCAAGACUUUGCAUUACCAAAUCACCAAGACAAUUAAUGGAAAGGAAAACAUUGAGAGCAAUAAAAAGAUUCUACAGAGGGGAAAUAAUACAAAGAAAGCAAAAAACAAUCAUUGGACUAAAUAUGGAAAACCCUCCUUGAAAUCCAAAGUGGAGGCAUCUUCAAUAUGCACUAAGAAAUUUCCUCUACAGUACCCCUGUAUGAUUAAAGGUUGCGAGUCAGUCAUGAAAUCAGAGCGGAGCAUAUUAAAACAUUACAUGGGACACGGACUGGCAGAAAAGUAUCUGGAGCAGCAGAGGAGUCACUUCAUAUUCUGCAAAAAGAUCCCCAGGCAGAAGUGCCGCUCCAUCAGGAGUGAUGAUUCAAAAUCAGACAACACCUCUGACCUGUCAGACAAUGAGUUAACAGCAGAUACCAGUCACCAAGGAGGGGAAUAUGGGUGUUCAAAGCCUGUAUUACGCAAAAGGACCACAGUAGACAUCCCUGCUGCAUUAUUUGACACCAAACUGUCACAUGAUGAAAGUUCCGAUGGCUCUGUGGUGCUCAAACGCAAACGAGGACGUCCACGAAAACUGAUAGAAAAAAUUGGGAAACGCAAGAAAAUUCCUCGCACGACCAAGAUUGAUGUCAUUUACAGCAGGGACGAUGAAUCGGACUCCUCUUGCCCUGCAAUAAUGCAGGAGGAUAUGACUGAGCAGAGUGCUCCACUUGCCUCUUUCAAACCAAUGGGAUUUGAAAUGUCUUUCCUACAGUUCCUGGAACAAUCAAAUAAAUGUGAACAUCCCUUGACGAAGAAGGUUGAUGUUCCAGAAACAUGGAGAAAAAAAUCCCCCCUGAACACCAAAGACACAUAUGUCAACUUCAGCAACCGUCAAAAUUUGAAAUCCCUUAGUAAGGUUAAAAUCAUUUUAGAAAAGGCCUUUUCAGAUGACAAUGAGCUUAUGUUGAGACAGCUGCAGGACAUGUGGCCCACAGUGGUUUUGGAAAAAAAAUGACUUCUCUUGAAAUUUUCUUUUCGUUGUUAUUUUUUUGAAAAGCAGAAUCUCAGGACUAGAAUGAGUAAAAUCUGCUGCAGACCGGUGCCCUAUGUAUGAAAUAGUUUUUACAUUCUUUUUUCAAAAAAAGAGGGGAAAAUGGUUGUUUUGAAAACUGUAAUAUUGUCUGUAAAAUGUCUUUUUUUUAAUAGAAUAGUGUAUAGCAUGUUUUUUGUUUUGUUUUUUCUAUUUAUGAACCUAAGUCAAAAAGCUACCAGAUAGUUUUGCUGGAGUUGUAAGUUGGCAUCAGUUUUAGGUGUCUUAAUUAUCCCUGUGGGACUUGCAGACAAAUGGACUUGGAAAAUGGAUUGUAAUGUUGUGUGUAGUUUGUGAUUUAAAGAUGUUGAUUAUUGUUCAUUGUGUAUAUAAUUUGAAAUCACUCACUGCCACCAGCAGUCUUACUAUUAAAUGAACAGCUUUUUUACAACCA